AUGGAUGACACUGACCAUCUACCUCGAAAAGAAAAAGAGAAAUGCAGUGAAGUGAGAAUUGGCAACUCUCUGAAUGAGUCUGAGAGUCAACAUGUGGCCAACAGGAGAGCAACUGUUCAACAGUGUCUUCAGGAGCACAAUAUAUUCUGCAGUGUGGAUGAGGUGCCCAACAUUGCUCUGGCGGCCACUGGUGGUGGGGAGAGAGCUAUGAUUGGACUGCUGGGAUCACUGAGCCAGCUGAGUGAAGAGAGACUGCUGGACUGCAUCAUGUAUCUCGGUGGCGACUCUGGAUCUACGUGGUGCAUGGCAUCAGUGUACAAAGAACCAGACUGGUCCAACCAAAUGGAGACAGUCAAACAAAACAUCAUCAAAAGGCUCAAUCAAGGCAAAAUCACCUGCUCUGAACAAUACAAAAUGCUAGCAAAAAUGUGUGAAAAGGACAACUUCAAUGUAACCGAUAUCUGGGCAAUAUUCAUUGUGUCUGAUAUAGUGAAAGAGAUUGAUGAUCAUGUACUCACAGAACAGAGGGGACAGAACACCAACAACCCAUAUCCCAUCUAUACAGUGAUUGACAAGAAGUGCAAACAUAAUACACUGAAUAGAGACACUUGGUUUGAGAUUACUCCACAUGAGUGCGGCUACUCCCAGACUGGAGCCUUUGUGGAUUCCAAAUCUUUUGGAAGUCAGUUUGAGAAAGGGGCAAAAACUAAGGAACAGCCUGAGAUUGACAUGAUGUACCUACAAGGUCUGUGUGGUAGUGCACUAGCUGAUGUGGAAGAGAUAAGAAACCGGAUACAGAUGAAAUCCACUUUCACCACUUUACAAGGACCACAUAUGGAGGAAGGUUACCAGGUGUUGUGCAACCUUCUGGAGAUGAAUAUCAGUUUCCACAAAGGAAAUGACCCUUCAAUUUAUGUAACCAACAUGAAUGAACUACUGGAAGGAAAGCAUGAUAAAGAUGGACAAAAGGUCAAAAUUGAGGAUUCAAUCACAGAAGAGACCGUAAAGAAGCACACCCUGAGUGUCUGUCAUUCUUUCUUUGACUGGUUCCCAGAGCUGAAGGAUUUUUGGAAAGUCAUUGUUAAGUGCAUAGAGAAAGUUUCUCAGUGGGACUGGGGAACAAAAUACAACUUUCUCUACAAGAUGAAAGUUGAUGAUGUUCACCCCAGCGUCCUUAAGUCAGAGAAAAGACACUAUGAGGACACUGGUCUGUUAAUCAACUCACCCUAUUUAUCCAUACUGCGAAAGGAAAGAAACGUUGACCUCAUCAUUUCCCUUGAUUUUAAUUCUGGAGUUCAAUUUGAGACAGUGGAUCAAGCUGCUCAAAUGUGUAAAGAUCUUCAGAUUCCGUUCCCUACAGUUGAACACCCAGAGAAUAUUGAAGAACCAGAGGACUUCUAUGUGUUUAAGGACAACCCCAAUGCUCCAGUUGUGAUUCACAUGCCUCUUUUUAAUGCUAUGAACUGUAAAGGUGAAGUUAAGAUGUGGGAAAACAAAUACACAACCUUUCAGUUGGCUUACAGUGAGGAAAUGAUCAGUAAUCAUUUGGAGAAAGCUGGUCUAAACAUUAAAAAUACAAAGGAGAAACUCCUGAAGGAGAUUGAAGAAGUCAUUCAAGAAAAGAAGAAUUAG